AUGGAUAAUGAUUUUUUAAAGAUAAGCAAUAACAGCGAAUAAAGCAAUGCGAGAACUAAAUUUUGCUUGCAAGACUUUGUAUAAGAGAAGAUGUAAUACCCAUAACAAUAUUCAUAAAACGAAAAUUUUCAAGUUUCAGAAGGAAAGGUGGAUAAUCAAAAAGAAUAUUUGAUAAAUAGGCAAUUAAAAAACUCAAACAGUUAUUCGAUUCAUACAUAGUCGAGUUUACAAACAAAAGAUUGUACUACACCAUUACUAAAAAGCGAUUAUGAUUUUGAAUAAAGCAGAAUCUUUUUAAAAGACUGCUAAUUGUUAGAUAGUUCUCCUUUGCUAAUUCAAAAAGACAAAUUCUCUUUGUCUCACUAAAAUUUUAGUAAUAAAUAAGCAUUUGAACCUCAUAAAGAAGAAACUUAUAUUACAUUUAAAUCAUAAGAUAGAAAUUAGAGCAGUGAUAAUUUUUCUAAAAAUAAUUAGCAAAAAGUAGUUGUUAAUGAUUUUUUGUUUUAAAGAGAUACAAUUAUUGGCUAAGGAGCUGAUUUAAAAUUAAAGAAAUAUCAUAGCCAUCAAACAAUUAAAAAACCUAAUUUUAAUUUUAUUGAUAAUAUGUUGAACACAAAUUAAAAAAAUACAGAGGAAGAUACUAAUUUACAAAUUUUAAUUUAAUACUAAAAUUAAAUAAAGUAACUAUAGUAGGACUCUAAUUUAGAGAGAAAAAAAUAUUAAAAUGAAGUUAAUGAUUUAUUAAAAGUUAAUAAAGAUUUGUAAAGAAAAAUUUCAUUGUAAAAUUAGGAGUAUUAAUUUUAUCCUUAAAAAUAAAAUGACUCAAAUAACUUCUCGUUUAAAUAAUAUGAUGUUUUUGCCUCUAAGUAGCAUGAGAACUUCUCUUUUGCAAAUUUGAAUAAAUAAGGUGAUAACAGCUUGCCCAGUAAUAUUGAUGAACUUAAGAAAAUUGUAUUUGAUCUUAAAUUUGAAAAUAAAGAGCUUUAGCUUAAGUAAGAGGCUUUAAAUCAAGAACUAAAUUAAAAUAAAUACUAAUUUGAAAAUAUAUUAGCCAAUAAGGUUACCUAGUUUGAGAAAUAGAAAAAAAUUUUGAAAAAUAAAUGCAAAUAAAUUCUUCAUUAAAUGUCUGGAAUGAAAAAUGAAUUGAUUUUACUUAAAGAUAAAACGUUAGAAUUAAAAGAUAAUAAUUAGAAUUAACUAAUAUUUAUUGAUCAAUAAGCUUUUAAGCACUUUUAUGCAAAUUUUUAACAAAGCUAAAAUAUUAAUUAGUAAUAUCAAUAUACUACUAUUUAACAACUUAAUUAGAAGUUAGAGGAAAAUGAAAAAAUAUUUGAGCAAUAUAAAAAAGAAAGUGCUAGAUAAAUUGAUGAAAAAAAUAUACAAAUUUAGGAACUAUUAUAGAAGAUAGAGUAAUUAGAGUUACAAUAGUCUAAUAGUAAAGUAUACUAAAAAAUAUAAAAAAAUAACAAAUUAAAUGAAAACGCUAAUUACAAUGAUUAAAGCACAGUUAACGAUUCUACUAAUUUAUAAUCUUAACUUACACAGUCUAUAAGAAUAGAAUCUCCUAAAAAUUUCAUUUGUGAAAUCGAAGAAAAACAUAAGUAAGAAGAGUAAAUAGAAAGGCAGAGUAAUUUUAUCAAAUAGCUUAAGUAAGGAAGAAGAACUGAGGAACAAAUGAGAUCUAUCUAAAUAGAAAAUAUGUAAAAAUAUUUAAAUUUAGAGCAAAAAUAUAGCAAAAUGAAUUCAUACUACUCAGAUAGACUACAAUAAUCUGAUUCUCAAGUUUUGUUUAAAGAGUAGAGGAUACUACAAAAAGAUAUACAAAUUAAAGAAAAGGAGUAAUAAAUUUCAGAUUACUAAGAUUUUCUUUAAAUCAAAGAAGAAAAAUAAAGAGUAAAUAAAUACAAAUAGUUAUAGAUCCAAAAAAGUUUGGAGGACUUUUUGAAUGAUAAAAGUAAUCAGCAUUUAGAGUAUAAGAGGGCUUCAUCUUAAGAAUUGUUGAGAUUAAAAAAAGAGCUUAGUCAAGUAAAUUUUGAAAAGCGAAAGCAGAGCGAUAUAAUUCAAGAGCUAUUAUAAAUUAAAGAUAAUUAAAAAAAAGAAAUUUAGACACUUAAGAGAGAGUCCAUGAAUGUUUCAAGCAAUUCAAGCAUCAAUCGUUAAUUCAGUCUACAAAAUAAUAAUCUAAAUACUAAUAGCAGUGAUAUUAUCCGUGAAAAUUUUGCUAAAAGUGAUAGUAAAACUACUCCUUUAAGCUCUAGUGCUAGGGUAAAUGGAAAGAAACAGACUGAGCUUUGUGAUAUUAUGAAGUAAAUAGGUUCAUAUAGUUCUUAGUAAUAAAAUAAAAAUAAAGUUAAUUAGAACAACCACUAUGUAGUAAUAUCUGAUUCUAAUUCAAAAAAUCAAGAUUAUUUUAUUGACAAGUAACUUAAGUCAUUAUCUUAGAAGAAUUUCAAAAAGUCAAGCGAGGAAGCUAUGUAGUAGCUCAAACCAAAGAAGUUAACAUUUUUUGAUCAUAAAGACAACAAUUUAUCAAAAAUGAUAAAUGAACUUGAUUGGAGUAAAUUCUUAUAAUCUUAAAGUAACUAAUUUUAAAGUCGUAGUAUGAAAUAAUAGAUGUGUGGUAUUUAGACUGAUAAUAAUGAUACGUCAUAGAAAAGUAAAUAAAAAAUAGAAAAUAAAAACUGA